GGAAACGUCUUUUCUGCGCUCGUUGACUGUGAAGGAGCUGAACAGGAACAAUAACAGCAGCAGACCCCGGUUAACAAAGAACAUAGACGGUUUUCUGCGCCGGCAACGAUGGAGGAGUACAACUCUGGAGACGAGGUCGUGUUCAACGCAGAUGAGGCCAGUAUCUCAGUUAAAGAGUGCAUCGAAGGUGUGAUCGGUGGAACGGACUACAACCAGAGCAAAGUGAACCAGUGGACGGCCAGUGUCGUGGAGCAUUCACUGACUCACCUGGUGAAACAAGGACGGCCGUUCAAAUACAUAGUGAACUGUACCAUCAUGCAGAAGAGCGGUGCUGGACUCCACACAGCCAACUCCUGCUACUGGGACACUGCCACUGACGGAAGCUGCACUGUCCGGUGGGAGAAUCGCACCAUGUACUGCGUGGUCAGCGUGUUUGCUGUAGCUGUGGCGCUGUGACGGCAGCACAGAGCUGCACAACGCUCUGCUUCCAAACGCCGUGAUGUCUGAAGCCAAGCUGGAAGUCGCACCCUGACCAAGAAGCCACGAAGAUCCUCUGAUGAUCCACUCUGGUAGAAGCUGAUGUACAAGUAGUUUUUUUAUCUCCCUGCAGGCUGGAAAAACAAUUUCGGUUUGUGAGUCGGCAGCAAAUGUGCGAGUGACUAAAUGUUCUUUUGUAUUGGGCCGAAGCCGUGCUCAUGGAGAGUGAGUCUGAUGGAUUAACUUGCUAAAAAAAAAAAAAAAAAAAGUCACAUUUCAACAUGCUGUUUAGUUGAAAAGUGAACAUUGAAUAUUUAUAUAUCUUCCAGAAUUACUGUUACAUUUCCAGUAAGGUGAAACAGACUCUUUUUUUAGCCACGACAGCGGUAAUGGUAACGUUGGUUGGUCGGUCUGGGAUGUUCAUAUUUGCGGUGUUGAGUGAAAUACAUGAAAAUGUAUUUGAUGGAUUGCUCUUCUUUAAUAGUACACAGCUGUAACUGAGUUUUUAAUGUCUCAGGUUGUGCCGUCGUCAGGUCAAAAUUGUAACUUUUAAUUAAUGACCAAAUACCUGCAAAACUAUUGACCUUCCCAUCAGCCUCUGUGGUACCUGGUAUUAUAAAUAUAUUAUGCCAGGUACGUUUAUCAGCACGUUAGCACAAUAAUCUUAGCGUUUAUCUCAAAGCUCAGUCCUUCAGUGUUGCUAGCGUCGCUGCAGCUUUAUCUCCUUCAGGAAAUUCCCAAAUAAAACAGACUGAACUGUUACAGUAGUGAGAAGUGCUUAAGAAAAGUCAUUUUGUUUUAUUUAGUAGAUCGUUACAUGUCCACCUGUGUAAAGUGUUUCUACUAGUCCGUGUUGAUGUUUUACUAAUUUAUUUGUCUGUGCAGGCAUGUUCAUGAGUCUGAACAGCCAGAAAAUCCUUGAAUUUGCUUGUUAAACUGUUUAAAGCUAUUCAAUGAAUUAAAUUGUUAAAACUUU